UGUCUUAAGUUCUUGCUCCACCCACGGCAGCUCUGAGGCACCAUUAACCUAGCCUCCUGAACCACCAUGCGCGUGUGAGCCCACCAACACUCCUUGAUGGGCGCAUGUGACCUGUGUGCGGCGGUGGUGACGCCAUGCCACGCUCCACGGUGUACGUCAGGCUUCAGUGGCCUGCCGAGGGGGGCGCUGAGGAGGCUGGACCGCCCACCUCCCCUCAGCACAAAGACUCAGUACAACCCUCAACACUCCGUAAGACACAGCCGCAGAUGUCCAGCACUUCCAAGGUCCCACAGUGCAAGGAGGAGAAAGGUGGAGGUGCUGGAGAUGUGCGGCCGGGAAAUAAGGAGCCGACUGAGAGAAAAGACCAGAAAAUGAACCUCAAGUGUAGUGUUUGUCCUGUGAAAUCUCAAGACUCACUUCAGUCAUGUCCGCCAGUAAAGUCUUCUACAAGUUCGCCUCUUGCUUUGGUUGAGACAUCAUCUACCUCUGUAUCUACCACCACAGCAACCACCACUAUCUCCACUACUACUUCCGCCAGUUCCACAACCACAACUACCUCUACCUCCACCGCCAAGCACACCGAAGCUGCCUCAGGAACCCACGCCAAGGCAAAAAUCAAAAUAAAGGAAUCACCGAGAGAGAAACUGAAACGAAACCUAACUGAGCGAAGCCACCGUACCCACCAGGUGAAGGAGAGGACCCCCGGCGCCGACCAUGCCCACCGCGGCCCUCUCCUCGACACAAGCUACAGCCUGGACUCACCCCUUUGGCACAGCAGGGAGCAGAGACACGCCGACGGGGAGAGCGAGCCACAGGAGAGCGACGGCAAGGCAGAGGGUGUGAGGACCUACUACAAAUCCAAGGCCAGACUCAGACCGAAGAACCCAAAUGCAAAAGGCCGCAGGAUAACGAGGUCCCUGAGCGCUUCUGCCGUCAGCGUAAGCACCAACACAGACCCCAAAGACUUCCUGGAGUUGGCCAAGAUCACCGGUACUCUGCCCUCGAGGAAGAAGGUGAAGGACCCUCUUACCAGCAAAGGGAACACACCACCAGACAGUGACCACGUACUCGCCUCCAGCAGAACAGAGGACGCUGAUGGCGGUAACACAAAGCCAGACUCACCAGGACUUACCGAGACAAAAAUCACCCCAGAAAUGACUCACAAGAAGAUGGAGGAGACUGAGCAUGAGGAUGGAGGACUCUGCAAGCCAAAAGGGAGUACGGGAGAGACUAAGGUCAUUGCGGAGAUCAUCGUGGAGGAAGACAUCACCGACAAGCUAAGCGAUACACGCUGCGCCGGGGACGGGUGCGAUGAUGCCGAGAAAGGCUACAUUGAGCUACCCACGUACAUCCCUAACCCUCAGGACACCCAGGGGAAGAGACACGACCACCUGCCAUCGUAUGCCAUCCCGCCCACCAUUCCCCCCUAUCCCAUGACCCCCUGUGGCCCCCCGUACUCCUCCUUCCAUGCCCACACCGGCCCGCUGCCUCUCCACUCACCUUACUUCACCAUGGCACCAGCGAAGGGAAACGCAUCCACCGAGGAGAGCAAGUUCAUCGUCAUCACUCCACAUCACCCACACCCUCCACCGCCGGACCUCAAGGUGGAGACGGUGAUGCCACUCAGCUCCGUUCCACCUACCUCUCCCCAUCUGAGGCUCUCCCCCAUACCCCCGAGUGCCUCCCCGAGCUACGACCACAGCCAGGCGUUCUCCACAUUCAGGCCGCCCUCCACCAGGACAUUCCACAUCGGCCCUCAAGAAGACGCAUAUCUCACAGCCGUCCCUCACUCCGUCAGCCCUUCCAGCACUCACCCUUAUACUCCAGGUGAGCUCGUGUCCUCGGAGGCAGCGUACCAAGAAGCAGUUCACCCCAAAGCCCCGACACACCCAAACACAGAGGCCCCAAUGAGUGAGAGGUGUCGUGGGCGGGGUGACAAGAGCGCACCAGCGUACCCCACCAACAGGCCUCCCACCCCCGCCGUGCCCCGCAGACAUCUGGAGCAUGACAUGUCCCUCGACUCGUGCCCUGAUGUCGUCCUUCAGACCUUGGAAGGCGAAGGAUCGUCUGGCCAGAACAAAACCCUCAAGAAGUCCGUCACAUUCCUGCUGCCGCCCGACCACUGGGACUCCCUCAUCUCGCUGCGGGAAAGCUGCAUUGGCGGGUAUCCCCAGAGUGGCUAUGCUGAGCUAGACGCCUCCUUGCUGCCCCCCAAUGGCGAUGACCCCUACCGCAACACCCCCUCCCCCGGCAUGCAGGGCCUCCCCCAGGACCGCUAUGACGGCGGCCUGGACGGGGAGGCGGGGGGGCAGUACCCUGAGGACCCCCGCUACCCCGUGCCUGAUGGGGGGCUGGUGUACCCGCCCGACGGAGGGGUGUACGGCCGGCUGCUUGGUGCCCCCCAGUCCCCCUACUCAGUCAACGGUGGGGUGCGGGCCAGCGCCGAGCCCCUCCUGCCCUCAGACAUGUAUGAGGAGGACCAGCCACCACCCCCACACCCCCAGCACCCCCCAGCACCCCCUCCACACUUGUCCCCCCCCACGCCCUCCCUCCCGCCAGUACAAAACCAUGACAACUACGCCCACCCCAGCCGUCUGCGUCCACCCUCCACUGACAGCACCGCCCCCAGAGUGCGAUGGCGUGAUCCAGACUUGCACGAGGUAAUUGACUUCCUCAGCAACCCUAACAAUGUGGUCAAGGCCAACGCGGCGGCCUACCUCCAGCACCUCUGUUACAUGGACGACCCCACCAAGCAGAAGACGCGCAUCCUCGGCGGCAUCCCUCCCCUUGUGGCGCUGCUCACCCACGACCUCCCGGAGCUUCACCGCAACGCCUGUGGAGCCCUAAGAAACUUGUCUUACGGGCGGCAAAACGACGAAAACAAGCGUGCGAUCAAGGACGCGCAGGGCAUCCCGGCGCUAGUACGGCUCCUGCGCAAGACACCCGACAACGAGAUCAAGGAACUGGUCACCGGCAUCUUGUGGAACCUGUCUUCAUGUGAGGACCUUAAGCACAGUAUCAUCGACGACGCGCUGACAGUGAUGGUGAGCCACGUCAUCAUUCCUUGCUCAGGCUGGGACGGUGGAGAAGUGGAACGUGACCCUAAUGUAGACGUCUGGUGGUCAACGGUAUUCAAGAACGCUUCAGGAGUCCUCAGAAACAUCAGCUCAGCCGGGGAGUACGCACGCACCAAAUUGAGGCAGUGUCACGGGCUGGUCGACUCCCUGCUGACGGUGAUCAAGUCCGCCAUCCAGGGCUCCUCGCACGACAACAAGAGCGUCGAAAACUGCGUCUGCAUCCUGCGCAACCUCUCCUACCGCUGCCAAGAGGUGGAGGACCCCAACUACGACAAGAACCAGCCCCCCACCCAGUCCAGAGCCACCGCCACAGCCAAGGACGGUGAAGGAGAGCUGACUGACACUUGUGGUAGGUCUUCGGAGCCCAAGGACAACCUGUGUGACAAUCUGGGUUGCUUCGGGGGGAGCCGGAAGAAGAAGGAGGCGAUGGGUGGGGCGGUGAAGGAGAGCAGCGGGGGCACGAGGGCAACAGGGCCGCGCACCGAGCCUCUGCGGGGCAUGGAGCUCCUGUGGCAGCCAGAAGUUGUGGUGGGACCAUACCUAGCACUCCUGUCAGACUGUAGCAACCCAGAAACCCUCGAGGCAGCAGCAGGAGCCCUUCAGAACCUGGCGGCGUGCUACUGGCAGCCUAGCAUAGACGUGCGCGCCGCGGUCAGGAAGGAGAAGGGUCUGCCCAUCCUGGUGGAGCUGCUACGGAUGGAGGUGGACCGUGUGGUGUGUGCAGUCGCUACGGCACUCCGCAACCUGGCUAUUGAUCAGCGCAACAAGGAGCUUAUUGGUAAAUACGCCAUGAGGGACCUGGUCCAGAAGCUGCCCUCAGGGAACACCCACGACAGCGGCACGAGCGACGAGACCAUCGCCGCCGUCCUCGCCACGCUCAACGAGGUCAUCAAGAAGAGCGCUGAGUUCUCCCGCUCGCUGCUGGACGUGGGCGGCGUGGAGCGGCUGGUCAACAUGACUCGCCACCGGGGCCGCUACUCCGUCAGGGUGGUCAAGUUUGCCUCACAGGUGCUGUUCUCAAUGUGGGGUCACCAGGAGCUUCGGGAAGUGUACAAGAAGACCGGCUGGAAGGAGCAAGACUUUGUUAGCAAGAGUGUAGCCGCUCGCAAUGCAGCCUCGGGCGGUGCCAACUCCCCGACGGCCAACAACACCCUCAACCGCCCCAUGGCCUCCCAGGGCGGCACGCGCUACGAAGACCGCACCAUCCAGAGGGGCCAGGGCAAGUCCCACCAGAUGUAUGCGCAGGGUCAGGAGGUGCCCAUGGCCGACAUGGGCUAUGGCAGCGGGGGCGGGAUAGGGGCUCCAGCGGGCGGGGUAAGACUGUACCCACCUGUCCAGGGCAAGGCCGGAGAGCCAGUCUACGCCAAGGUGAAUCGUGACAAGAAACGCAACCGCCAGUACGAGGGCGUGGGACCCCAGUACGGCACGCUUGGGGGCGGAGCCGAGGACUGGAGCGGUCCUGUGUACGGAGGCUCCCCUGCAGCCUCCCCCAGCUUCUCCCAUGGGCCUCCUAACAACAACAACAACAACACUAACAAUAACAACAACCACAGCAAUAACAACGGGGUGCUGAUGGACAAGGGCGACGCGCAGGCCGGGGACUCGUGGGUGUGAGGUGCCCGCUUGGCUGGUGGCGCCCCCGACCCACCCUCUACCCCUCCCCACACCCCCUCGACCGGACGGCAGCAGUGUGGCCGCCCCCGUGGACCCUUGCAGUGCAGCGAGUGUGUGUUGUGGUGCGCAAUGACAGGAAAAGAGGCUGUCAAGAGGUGUGGCCCUCCCGAUGUUAAGUGUUGGUGCUGUGUGCCGGGGCCGGGAGACCACCUUCACCCUCAUGAAGCAGAGAGAGAGAGAGAGAAAGAGAAAUAGUGAGAGAAAAUGAGAAACAGUGAGAUAGAAAGAGAAAAGGAAGGAAAAAGAGAAAGUAUGAGAGAAAGAGAAAGAGAAUGGGUAUGAGGAAGAAGAAGGAAAGAGAGAAAGAAUGAAAUAAAAGAGAAAGAAAGAAAGAGAGAAUGAAAGAAAGAACGAAAGAGAGAGAGAGAGAGAGAGAGAGAGAGAGAGAGAGAGAGAGAGAGAGAGAGAGAGAGAGAGAGAGAGAGAGAGAGAAACCUGCCUGAUGAGACUGCGGAUUGUGUUUCUCUUGUUGGCCCAUGGAAGAUGUGAAGGGUAAGAGUACAUAAUAAUAAUGUUAAUAAUAAUAAUAAUAACAAUGAUAAUAAUAAUAAUAAUGAUACUAUUAAUAAUGAUAAUGAUUCCUCUUUUUAUAGUGUUACACAAGUGGGCUUCUCCUCAGUCUAACUACCUGCUGAUGUUUUUGUCUGUUAUCAUUGAUGUUAUCACUGAUUGUGCAUGUUAUGUGACAACACUAGUUAGCGACCAAACUCGUUCUGUUAUAAAACUUCUCACAUAAUAUAUAGUAACACUCCUGGGAGAUGGCUAAGCUCAAAAUGAUAAGCAUCUCUUUUAUUAUACGAUAUAUUUUAUAAAAGCACUCAUUAUCGGUGCCAAGAAAACUUUAAUACUUUGAUACCUUGUAAAGACAUUAUCUGUCAAUCAUUACUCAUAGUGUUUAUAUACGUACGCGCGGCAGCGAGGGUGGCGCCGCUGCCAGCCAGUAGGUGGUGCCAACCCUCCUAGGACGAUUAACUUUUCUACUGUUUCUUACUGACAAUCCAAAGUGUGCGAAGCUUCGAGGCUCAGAGCUGCCGCACCGCCGGACAGUGGGCAGUGAAGCGCGCUGAACAGUGACCGAAAACAAUGGUUGAGGCGUUGGUGACGACAGUAUUCUGCAAAACUUAUAAAAAGAAAACAAAAAAAAGGCAAAAAAAAAGCAACAAAAAACUUACCCCCUUUCCCCCAGCUGGUGUUGUGACUGUGUGCACAAAUCUUGGGCCGAGUGUGACAGUGCCAGCGAGGGAGCGAGAGUGCCGAGGGUGAGGCAACGAGGUGCUGGGACGCGCCCGCACCGGCUCACCGCUGACACUGAGGAACAUGUAGGUUGUUUUGCCGAGUGCCGGAGGUCAGAUCAUUUGCCGUUUCACCAAACCUCCCAUGUGCCGGAAUGCAUUAUAUCAGUACAUCUCUACCUCCCUGUUAUCUCUUCCAGCCCCCCCAACCCCCACCACCACCACCUCCCCUCCUCCCUCAUAGUGACAUCAUCAACAACCAACCAACAGCAAGAACAAGAAUAUUGCAGCUAAGAUACCUAGUUCCUUUUUUAAACUUUUCGGGAAGGAAAGUUAUUUGCUUUGUAUAAUACACACUCGUAUAGGUUUUAUAUAAUUCCAGACGUUUUAUAAAAGUGCACAGCGGGGUAUCCAAAUUUUUGAGUAGCUGGUGUGGUGUCAUGUGCUUGUGUCCCAUAACUUAUAAGAUGGAUGGUCAAAAUGCAGAGAGCUGUUUUUAUAGACAAUAUACUUAACCUUGUCUCAAUUGUGAUCAAUUAUGGACAAUUUACUCAAGCAAUUCACUUAAUUCAUGUCUCAAAACUGCUUUAAAUGGUCUGCCUUUUCAAUCCUCUGUUAAUUUUUGUAAAGAGAAUUAUUUUUAGCCUUUUAUCAGACUUGCAUGUGCAAUAUCACAUAUUUUUCCAACGUCGGUUAUUUGGUAGGUCAAGUGACAGUGUGUGACCCCGGAAGUUAUUGUUGUCCCUUGCUAGGCACCGGCCGCCCACCCACCCGGCCGCCCUCCCCUCCUCAGCCAGCCUCUGCACCCCAGCAAGCACCCCACCCACCCACACACCAUCCCAAGUGUACCAUUGGACUUGCUAAUCUACCUCUUGGGCUGAGUGGAAGGACUCUCAAAUUUCGUUUUUUACGGUUACAUGGACCUAAUUUUUACGGACCGUCGAAGCAUCACCGAAAUUCUCCAGGCUUUUCUGGCACUGUGGCGGUGCCGUGGGGCUGGUGGCACAUGGAGGCUGGGCUGCAGUUGGACGAGAGCUUCAGGGUGACUCACAUUCCAAGUUUAGCGUAGGAGAUGCACACACAGGGUAGCGGCUCACUCAGCCCACCCAAAGGUUACACUAAAGAAAGUUGCAGGUGGCUGGCAGGAGGAUGUGUUGUAUUAGGAGGGGAAGUGCUCCUGGGGUGCUCCAACCUUCUCUUGGCAGCUUUUAAGUUCUCCUGUGAGUCCCAGACGAUUCAUUAUACUCCCGACGGGGCAUUUUGUAGGACUGCUGUGGGAACCUCUUCAAAUCUGGCAGACUAAAAGAAAUAUUCAAAUACAGAGGCAGUCCCUACUCCAUGAUUGGUUACUUCCUUAUCGUUAUAUGCUGCGAGUACGGGCAAGGGUCAACACCAGCCAGUCUGAGGGUGGACGAAUAGGCAGAAGGGUUAUGGAUCUGUCCAGCUCAGAGUUUGGUCACACAGUUGAAAUGGAAAUGCUUCAUGUGUUCUAUUGCUGAUGUGAUCACUGUCUUAGGAUGAACACCCUCUUCAUUUGCCGGUACCUGAGACAGUGUCACUAGUUGCAAACAUUUCAACUCCAGGAAGUAAAGUCAGGAGCCAUGUGUGUGAAAAUGAGAUGCAGUCUGAACUACCAUAACCCUUUUCUUGCAAGAGGUGUGGCCAGCGUGAGAGUAAGCCAUGAAGGCCCCGAGUGGUGGCAACGCAGCAUCCUUGCAAAGAAUCGGUGACGUGCUGGCCCAGUGAGGACCCAAAAGACACGAGGCCCAGUGUGAAGCAGAGAUGGGGCCACUUUCCAGGCCACUCGAGCGUUGCAUUGUGGGUGUGUGCGUCCGUUAGUGCGUUAGAGUAGUUCCGGCCGGCCGGCGGGGCACCAGCUGCCCGACCACCUCUAGGACCUUCUCAAUGUCUCGCUAAAGAAAACACGCUUCUUUUAUUUAAUUUCGCAUCCUUAAUUUUUCUAACUACGUUAGGUUUUAGCAUUUGUUUUCCGCUGAGGUGCCGCCUUGGCAAUGUCGUUGGUUAUAUUUUGUAUUUUUCUAAGCAUAUAUAUUAUUUUUCCAAUAUAUAUAUAAAUAUAUAUACAUAUACAUAUGAUUGUCUUGGUGAGUUUGUUUGUUUAGCAGAGACAGUGCUUGUCUCCGGGAAGAGUUGAGUUCGCUGGUUCAGGAAGCAGCUCCCGCGGCGGGCGUCCCCUCCACAGCUGUACCUCCCGCCACUCUUCUUUAUUAUAUGCCUUAUUUUAUUUUCACAUGAUUGAUUAUUCAGUAACAGAGAAUUUCUAGUAAAUGAUAAUGUAUUGGGUAUUUAUACAAUAAACUGAUAAAAUUG